UUUUUAUUACAUAAAAAUUAUCUGCAUAAAAUAUUCAAAAAAAAAUUGAAUAGCAAAUAAUCACAAGUUUAUUGACAGUGAACUACAGAUGUGAAAAAAUUAUGAAUGAUAUUAAUGACAAUCAUCAUCUUAAUGAACAAUUGGAUCGCCAACUACCGGUAGAGAACAUAUCAUUGGCAUGGCGAAAUUUAUCAUACGAAGUAAGUGGUUGGUUUGGCAAAGGGAAGAAAUCCAUAUUGAAGCGUUUGAAUGGCCAUGUCAGUUAUGGCAGUAUGAAUGCAUUUCUUGGACCAAGUGGUGCUGGGAAGACCACAUUACUCAACUGUUUGAAUGGUACAUUGCGUAAUGGAAUCACAUCGGACUCAGAAAUUUAUCUGAAUCAAGCGGAAUCUAAUCAAACACCGGUUAUUCGAUUUGUUGAGCAACACGUCCACGAAACCAUCAUUGCUCGAAUGACUGUUCGAGAAAUCCUGCAUUAUGCAUUCCGUUUCAAGAAUCCAAUGAGUAAAUGGAAUCAAAUGGAUCAACAUAUACGGUUGGUAUUAAGUGAACUUUUACUGGAUAAAACUAUACUGGAUAAUCAUUUUGAAAAAUGUUCUGGUGGCGAACAACGACGAAUAGCAAUUGCUCAGGAACUGAUGUCAUUAGAGAAGCCAAUGUUUUUGUUCGUUGAUGAACCAACAACCGGGCUUGAUAGUAAUGCCGCUGUAUUGGUAAUGGAAUGCCUAAAAAAAUUGGUUGAUAAUAGCCGAUUGACUAUCCUGGUAUCGAUUCAUACGCCAAAUUCAGAUAUCAUGAGCUUAUUUGACAAAGUUUUCAUUUUGGCCAAAGGUGGUGUUUGCAUCUAUUCAGGCCCUCCAGACAAUUUGCGUGACAAUUUGAAGAAAAAAGUCAACGAUGAAUUUGACAAAGAAAUACCACCUAUCGAAGAAUAUUUAGAAAUUGCUUGUGAAGCUCUUGGCAGUGAAAAUGUUCGGACAUUGGCAGAUUCAACUUUACUUGAACAACAUGAUCAGUUGGAUUCUUUGGUCGAUAAUUUGGAAUUCUUACAGAAUGGUAUAAAGCAAGGACGGAAAAAAUUUUCCAUAUCUGAUUUAAUCUUACAGUUUCAUCGGAUAUUUAGAAUAACAUUCAUGGCAGAAUAUAAAAGUUUUUUCAUGCAAUUUCCAUACUUUUUCUUCGCUAUCAUUUUGAUCAAUACGUUUUUCGAUUCAUCAAUGACUCAUGCAAACACUUGUUAUUCCUUUGAAACUGAUGAUAGCUUUCAAAAUAUCACCUGUCGUGAAAAAUUACAUGAUGAAGCAUUGACUGAUGAUUAUAAAAUGAAUCAGUGGUUUUUUAUUAUACUUAUCAGUAUUAGCAUAGUUUCUAUAAGUAGCCUAUUUUUUGACCCAAUAUUAAAAGUAUUCCGAAAUGAACAUCGUAAUCAAUGGUACAGCUUAGGCACAUUCUAUUGGUCUUUCAUGAUCAUACGUUUUAUUCAAUUAACUUUAAUUACCGGUUUCAUUGGUUUAUCUGCAUAUUUUACUGUUGAUCAUAUGUAUACUGACAAUUAUCAAUUGAAUUGGAACAGAUUUCGACAUUUUUUAUAUUUUAUUUGGUUAAAUAAUUUUUUUCAACAAAGCAUCGGUUAUAUUGUUUGUUUGAUAUUUUUGGGUAAAGUCGAAAUAUCGGUUGUAUCUUCAUACAUUAUUGUAUUGUGUCAACAAUUCUUCACCGGUUACAUGUUCAAUCCAUACAAGAUGAAAACAUUACCGUCAAUUAUGCUACGAGUUUCGGAAGUUCUAUCGUUCAAGACUGUUCCCAAUGGAUUAAUGUAUACAAUGUACGGACUUGAUCGAUGUGUGGACGAAACGACAAUUUCAUUUGUGUUGGAAGAUUUUGGUGUUAACGUAGAUACAGUUUAUAGCGAUUCUUAUAUGCUGAUCAUCAACACUGUCAUCGUUCGUUUUUUGGUGUUGAUCUUGAUGAUCUUCCAUUUUAGUGGAAUCAAUCGGUCAAAACGAUUUGUGAGAGCAUCAAAAUCUGAUGCUAUCAAAAGUAUUGAUUAUGGAAAUCUUUCCAAUCAAAAAAAAGAAAAGAUCGAUUUGUCAAGCACUGUUAGAAUCAAAAAAGAAGAUGAACUUGGAUUUGAAGAUUUUUCACGUCAUAAAGUUAUUGUUGCUUUUCGUUCAUUAACACUAUUCGGCACUAAAUCAAUCUAUGAAAUUCGAAAUGUGGAAAAAGAAGGACCGAAUUCAAAAAUAAUUCUUAGAAAUUUGAAUGGUCAGUUCCGUUUUGGUACUCUGAAUGCAUUGAUGGGACCAUCUGGUGCAGGAAAAACUUCACUUUUGAAUGUUCUCAAUGGUCAAUCUAAAACUCGACUCAGCGAUACUACCGAAUUCCAUUUAAGUAAAUUCACUCCUAUACGAGUUUGUUACCUCACUCAAGAAGUUUCAGGUCAUUUGUUGCCCGGUUUAACAGCUAAACAAAGCCUGAUCUAUGCUUCAAUGCUAAAAAAUGCUAUGGAAAAUGAGAAUUUGAAUCACGAAGCGAUCGCCAUGAAAAUUCUUCAGGAAUUAGAUCUGAUCGAUACGAAAGAUACUUACGUGCAAAAUUGUUCAGGUGGUCAACGUAAGCGUUUAGCUUUGGGUUUGGAACUCACAUCCGUACGGAUGCCCAACUUGAUUUGUAUCGACGAACCGACUAGUGGACUGGAUUCGAGUUCAGCUCAAAUAGUCGUGUCAUGUUUGCGACAAGUUGCUCAUCAUCACAACAUUUGCAUCAUCACUUCGAUCCAUCAGCCUAAUGCCGAUGUGCUUUUCAUGUUUGAUCAGGUGUAUGUUCUGGCCAAAGGCGGUGUCUGUAUUUUUUCGGGCCCACCAUCCGAUAUACGUCAACAUUUAUCGAAAGUUUCAGAUCGAAUGCACCGCGAUGAUAUCUUUCCUGCUGAAGAAUUGAUAAAAUAUUCUUGUCUUAAUUUUGAGGAUUCUUCAAUUCAAGAAUUGUUUUCACUGACCAAUAAAAAUAUUCUGACUGACGAUUCUAUUCUAUCGGGCGAAACUAUUCAUGUAAUGGAUGGAAUUCCAACAAAUCGAAAUCGUUUUUCAUUGAAUUCUGUCUGGGUAUUGAUCCUUCGUUAUGCAUUCUAUUUUCGUGGAUAUUUAUGGAAGAUGUUAUGUAUUAUGUAUUGCCUUUACAUAGGUUUUGGAUCGUCUUUAAAUCUAAUGUUCAAUCACAACAUGAUUUAUUAUGAUGGUUGUGUCGAUCUUCUGGAUGAUUUUAAUAAUACAUGUAAUCAAACACAAGAAAAAGAGGAUGAAGAUUUUGAUCUAAAAGCAUCAUUUAUCUAUCUAGCUUUUACGAAUGGAAUGUUUUUUUUCUUGUUCUUAUUACAAGCAGCGAUUAUGUUUUCAAAAGAAAUGGUCUUUUUUCGCAAUGAACAUCGAAAUGGAUGGUACAGUACAGGUGUAUUUUAUACAAUGAAAAUUUUUACUGAAAUCAUACCGCUAUUACCUGCAAUCUUAAUAUUUACUUAUAUAACAGAUAUUUAUGAACCAAUUAGACCAGGAAUGUACUGGUGGAUGUUAUUAUACUUUAUAAUUAGCAGUUUAGUUGCACAAGCACUUGGUCAUCUAAUCGCUAUACUUACAAUGGGUGAUUUUAUUGCAUUAGCCAUAUCGAUGCCAGCCGUUGAAGUUUUAUCGUUAUUACUUAGUAAUAUAGCAACACCUAUUCGCCGUUUACAUUAUAUUUUUGAAUUUUUAUCCAAUUUUGCUCCAACACGAUUUGGUAUGGAAGGCAUUUUAUUAUUACAAUAUGGAUUCGAUCGUUGUCGCAAAAAAGAAGUCCAAAAAAUUUUGCUAAAACUAAAAAUGGAAGAAAAUGACCAUGAACAUCAUGUAACAUACUUUAUAAUGACAAUUAUAAUGUUAAUAUUCAACAUGUUAUUAUAUCGUGUGAUUGCAAUUUUUAUUUUAUUAAUGAAAACAAAUCGUUUUGAAAAUCGACGUCAUCGUGCAUUGAAAAUAAAGAAUUAUCAUGAAAAUCUUCGACCAUCAAACGUAAUUAUACCCGGUUUACAAUGUCAUAAUGAAUUGAUUAUCAAAAGAAUUCAAGUUUGAUUCUAUUAAACUAAUUAUAAUGGAUUAUAUUUUUCUUUUUUAAUAAUUCCAUUGAAUUUCACAACCAAUAAUUAUAUAAAUGUUGAACACU